GAUGAUAUCGAUAGAUUUCUUUUUGAUUAUAGAAGAUACGCUAAGUCAAAAAAUUGGGACGAGGAAACAAAAUAUAGAAUAGUAGUCAUACAUAUAUCUGAUAAGACAAAGACGUGGGUUAGAAAAUUAAUAAGGAGUUGUAAUAACAAGUGGGAUACUCUGAAAGAUGGAAUAGUGAAAGUAAUUAAUGCCAGAAGUGAUGAAAAGUUAAAAAUAAAUCGUCUUAAAAAUAUUAAACAAGAAGUUAAUAAUGAUAGUAAAAUUGAUAAGAUUGAAUUAGAUAUUAAAGAACUGGUGAAAGUGGUUAGAGAACUUACUAGCAACAAUUCAUCUACAUUCUAUCAUUCAAGAAGCCCAAAUUCUGUGCAAAGCCCAAGAUCCCAAAGAAGAAAUGAUGAACAGAGAGAUGUAAGGAACGAAGGUGUUAAAAUAGCAGGAGCAAACAUUCGAUAUUUUGAAGUGACAUCAGGGUCAGAUAGUUCUGGAGUCGAAUGCUUGAAAGUUGAGAUAGUGAAGGGAGAACCUAUAUUUAAUGUAAGAAAUUAG